CUUCAUGUUCAAUAGGCAAGAAGAGGAAUCACCUUCUGCAACAAGGAGAUUCUGGUUUAAUAUUAUGCCUUUUAACUAUAUCAAUUGGUUGUGUGCUGAGAAGGUAAAAAAGGUUCAGUUUGAGAGUGAGAUUGCUGAAAAUGAGAUUAUUUUGAAGAAGCUGGAGGGCACUAGUCAGUAUGAUCAGAAGUUGAAGGAAUGGGAAGAAAACAAGAAAAAGCUUAUUACAAAAGAUGAUGAUUUAUUCAACAAGAAAUGUAAGGAAGCUAUUUCUUCAUGGGUGAAAUCAUUUCCAGGAAUGAUAUUCGAGAAGCUGAACUGAUUUUUGUUCCUGUUCACAAGGAUGAUCAUUAUACUGUCUUGGUGCUGAACAAGAAAGCAAAAAGGAUUGAAAAUAUUGACAAUCGUACAGACAUGAAGGACAUUGAUAGAUAUAAGCAUGAGGAAUUUAACGGUCUUACAUACUUUUGUCGUGCUUUUGAUUCUUUUAUGCAAGAGACUAUGAGAUGUCGUGAUUUUGAUCGUCUCCACCAUUGGCAAACAUCAACUCUUUACUUCCCUUGGAGAAGCAAGGACAACAAUUUUGAUUGUGGUGUCUAUGCAAUCAAAACCAUGGAGCUGUAUGACGGUCAAAUACUAACCAUGUGCACUUGUUGA